GUUUGCAUUAUCCCAGUAAUAGCAAAGGCUGAUACUCUUACCGUGGAAGAAUGCCGUAUUUUUAAGCAGUCUCUACUAGCUGACUUUGCCGAUCAUGGUCUCAGGAUGUACACUUUUCCUGAGGCUGCAGCGGUCGGUUUAUCGUCAACUUCUUCAUCAAACACCAACUCGUGUCUCACUAGCCCUCAUACACUCCACUCGAGGCAUCAGGCGGCCGGUUCUAUUGAUUUGGAUACCGGAUUGUCUGGGGAUAAUCAACAGCAGCAAUUUGCUGAAGCAGUGGCCGGGGCUGGUACUGGGCUUGCCGAAGUAUGCCGAAUGCGGGAGCGACAACCUUUCGCUGUGGUGGCCAGUAAUACAUCAAUCACUCGACCUGAUGGAAAAAAGCUUGUUUAAAUAUCACAGUUGA